AUGAGCAAGAAACCACCGUCGAAGAAGGGCAGUGCAGGCGAUGUUGUGACGUCUCAACCAGAAAAAGAGGCCGCUGCCGCUGCUGCCGCCAACACGUUGAGUCCUCACGCCAUUCGUCAGCGCACGUGGGCGAAACGUGUGGACGACGCAGUGAUCGAGAUGCGGCAUGUACAGCAGCUCCUCCAGAAGCACACAGUCGAGGUGAACACGGUGAAGCGGGAGUUGGAGGAGCUCACGUACACCGCCGCCGCGCUCUGGGCAGCAAAUCCGGAUGAGCUUCCUGCGCAGUAUAAAGACAAGCAGCAGUCAUCGCUGCAGCGGCUGAACAGUCCAUCCAGCACUGCAGGCCGGUCAUCCGACACCACCCCGACAAAGCGGCGCUGUGGACCAGACACCACAUCGCCUUCCACGAGUCUCGGAGGCGACACCCUCAGUGGAAUCUCAGAAGUGGCCCUCGAAAGCGUGGAGCAGACACUGUUACAGCUCUCCCCGGCGCGGCGGGCGAGGGUGUCGGCAGCGCUCCAGUCGCUCUUCUAUGCACCCCCAGUUGCGCCGUCCGCGGAAGUCGUCAUCGACGGCGCUGGCGCCGAUUUUGCCGGUGACCCGCCGUCCGCAGCGGUAGAUGGUGCAGCUCAGCAAAAGCCAGCACCGCCGGCAAAGUCUGGGAAGGCGGCGGCAGCCGUCGUAGUGUCGCCCGCGAUAGCGUCACCAGCGAUGGCGGCCACCAGCGAUAGCAAAUCGUCGACUCCUGCGACUGCGCGGCGCAAUUGCAUCCCACCAUCGCUCUUUCUCGCCAUGAAGGAGCUGCAGGCGAGGCGGAUCAAUCUAGAAGAGCGGCUGACAACGGCCACCAAUGCUACCUCCCAGAAGCUGCAGAGGUUUCAGCUGCUGCAGGAGGAGCUGAUGGUCUCGCAGUACGGCCUAGAUGCGGCGCAGCACGAUCCGCAGAAGCAGGCCCAGCAGCAGCAGCAAGCACCAUCCGAAGGUGUUCCAGGGCCGUCGUAA